CUCUGGCUGCAAACUUUGGACCAAUCAGAAAGCAGCUCUGACUUCCUACAGCAGGAGCGACACAAGUCGACCUGGAGCGCUUUAUCUACACACUCUCAGCUUUAAACCAACCCUAACUAUGUCUCUUUCACGUCCGGUGACACACGAGACAGCCCGCUGAUGUGCUGUUAAAGGGAACGGUCUUUUUCCGAGUGAUGACAAUGUUGGGUAUGUACGUGCCGGACAGAUUCUCUCUGAAACCGUCAAACGUCCAGGAUGGGAUCGGUCUGUACACGGCGAGGCGGGUGAAAAAGGGAGAGAAGUUUGGUCCUUUUGCUGGUGAGAGAAAGCUUCCCAGUGAGCUGGACGAUGGCUCCGACACCAGGCUGAUGUGGGAGGUUCGUGGCAGUAAAGGCGAUGUGUUGUAUAUUCUGGACGCGAGUAAUCCUCGCCAUGCCAACUGGCUGCGGUUUGUCCAUCAGGCGCCUUCACAGGAGCAGAAGAACUUGGCAGCCAUUCAGGAUGGAGAGAACAUCUUCUACCUGGCUGUGGAUGACAUAGAGACAGACACAGAGCUGCUGAUUGGCUACUUGGACAGUGAUAUGGAAGAAGAGGAGGAAGAAGAGGAAGAAGUCAUUAAAGAUGAAGAUGAGAACAGUAAAGAGGCCAAGCAUCUUGUAGAAAUGGAGCUUGUAAUAAAGGAGGAGGACCACCCCUGCCUGCUGUGUGAGAGCAGCUUUCCCAGUGAGGAGAUCCUGGCUGCCCACCUGCAGAGCCUGCACCAGAGGCCCAGCACGGAGGAGAAGGAGUUCAAGUGCAGGAACUGUGGCAAGAGGUUCCCCAUCAAACAAGCCCUGCAGCGCCAUGUUUUGCAUUGUUCCGAGUCACUCGAUCCAUCAGCUGACUCUAAAGCUCACCAGUGUUCCAUCUGCCACAACACCUUCGGCUCUGAAUCCAGUUUUGAGCAGCAUAAGGAAGCCUGUAAAGGAGACGCCAGGUUCAUAUGUAAAGCAGAAAGCUGUGGGAAAAGAUUCAAAAGCAAGGAUGCUCUAAAGAAGCAUAAAGGCAGUGUGCAUGCAGGAAGUGCACGGCGGAAGCUCACAUGCACCAUCUGCAACAGAAAAUGCGCCUCCACUCUGAAUCUUCAGGAACACAGGAAGAUACAUGAAAUAUAUGAGUGCCAUGCAUGUGACAAGAAGUUCAUCUCCACCAACCAGCUUAAACGCCAUAUGAUCACACACUCUGAGAAGCGACCGUACACCUGUGAGAUUUGCAGCCGUUCCUUCAAACGCCUGGACCAAGUCACGGCCCACAAGAUCAUCCACAGUGAGGAUAAACCAUACAAAUGUAAGCUGUGUGGGAAAGAGUUUGCCCAUCGCAACGUCUACAAGAAUCACAAGAAGACGCACUCGGAGGAAAGGCCUUUUCAGUGUGAGGAGUGCAAGGCGCUGUUUCGUACCCCUUUUUCCCUACAGCGCCACCUACUCAUCCACAACAGUGAGAGGACAUUCAAGUGUGACCAGUGUGAUGCCACCUUUAAGAGGAAGGACACGCUCAACGUGCACAUCCAGGUGGUGCACGACGGCCACAAGAAGUACAAGUGUGACCUGUGCGAGAAGGCCUUCGUCACACCCUCCGUCCUCAAGAGCCACAAGAAGACUCACACGGGGGAGAAGGAGAAGAUCUGCCCUUACUGCGGACAAAAGUUUGCCAGCAACGGCACGCUGAGAGUCCACAUCCGCAGCCACACAGGUGAGCGUCCAUACCAGUGCCCCUACUGCGACAAAGCUUUCAGCAAGAAUGACGGCCUGAAGAUGCACAUCCGGACUCACACUCGGGAGAAGCCCUACAAAUGCAACGAAUGCAACAAGGCCUUCAGCCAGAAACGAGGACUGGAUGAGCACAUGAGGACACACACCGGAGAGAAGCCCUUCCAGUGUGACGUGUGCGACCUCUCCUUCAGCCUGAAAAAGAUGCUCAGCAGACAUAAGCUGACGCACAACCCCAACCGGCCCAUGGCCGAGUGCCAGCUGUGCCAUAAGAAGUUCACCAGGAACGACUACCUCAAAGUGCACAUGGAGAACGUCCACGGGGAGACGGAGAGCUAGAGCCAGUUACAGGAACACAAAUCAGAUCCCGGAGAUAAAGUUCUGCCUUGUGUACCAGAGUACACGCUGCAUAUACAGAUGGAUUGAUAGCAGAAACGAUGUUAUUAACGGUAGAUGCGUGUGGAAUAUGGGAAGCAUUAAGGCAAGCAUGUUAAAAUCAGAACAUAGACCCUACAUGUGUCAUUUUUUUUCCUUCCACCGUCCCAUUCAUGCAUUGUUUUUGAUGUCCAACAAACAGAUUCCCAGAUGUUUGAUCUGCCUCUGGAGCCGCUGUGUCUGAACACAGAAAGUCUUAGAUUUCACUUCUAGUCGUAACUGAACAGAACGUCUCAACCCCACUUCCUUUAUUGUUGUCUGAAAGUUAUUCCUAGGUUUGUGUCCCGAAGCCAAACGUUAAAGCAAAACCGGUAACGUAAAAAUAAACCCUUUAGGAUGAUUUUACUCCACCAGCGUGUUUUUGUUCUUUUACACCUGUUCUUAAGAAACCCCACACGUCCUGAGAUGUACUAAGUUAUUUUUGUCGGCUUGUAUUUAUGUAAUGUGGCAGGAUUGUCAAGCUACCAGCUCCGUAAUCAGAAACUGCAGCUUUUGUUUACAUUGCAGAGAACCUGUUAGGGAUACAGUUGAUUUAAUCGGACUCAAACACCACACGAUGUCGGCCUGCUGUAGGGAUUUGCUCCUGAAGCUCCAUCGUUAACUUAGGAUAAAUAAUUCAGCAACUCUUUUAUUUCCGGUAGUUUUUUCAAAGCUUUCUUUCAAAUACAAACCAAAGAAGUGCUUCUGUUAGUGUUUAGAAGUGUGUGUUUUUCGUGGCUGGUGUGUUUACAUAGUUUAACUGUAAUUGCUGUUCAAUACAGAGUUUUUAUGUUGAA